AUGUUGUCAUUUAUUCGUCUUCGAUUUUAUCAUAUUAUUACAUUACCUACAGUUCGUUAUGCUUCGUCAAAAAAGAACCAUGUUUCAACAACAACAUCUGUUCUUCGUCAUAAUUGGCUUGAUAUAACAUCAGAAAUCUGUCCAACUGAUGCCUCUAAUUUAUCAUCAACACCUGAUUCUUCAUUUAAUAGUCGUGUAAUACAAUAUUUAUCUGAUUCAAUAAAAACUCCUCUAUCAUCAAAUAUUUAUCAACAUUUAUUAAAUUCAUGUCAAACAUGGUCACCACGAGAAUUUUAUGAAUUAAUAAAUGUUCUUGGUUCAUAUGGUUUACAACCUGUUGAUGUUCUUCGUUUAUUAAUUAAUUUGCCAUCAACUGAUAAAACAAUUGUAACAAAUGAAAAUUUAAAACGAUGUUUCGAAAAUCUUUUAACAUUAAAAUUUGAUACAACAACACGUUCAAUAUUAAUAUCAAAUGAUCCAAAUAUAAUUCAAUAUGAUUUAACUUAUUUACGUGAACGUUUUGAUGUUUUAUUAUGUUAUUUUACAAAACGUGAAAUAUAUAAAUUAAUUCGUACACAUAAAAAAUUAUUCAGUGAGCAUUGGUCAGAUCUUGAUUAUAAAAUAAAUUAUUUACGUAUUAUGUUAUUUGCAUCAACACGUGAUAUUGUUGAAUCAGGUGCAUUAGCAUAUACAAUUGAUCAUAUACGUCAAAGAUAUUUAUUUGUUUAUCGUGCUGGUUUAUUUAAACGUGUUCGACGUGAAGAACAAUAUGUUCUACAACGUGAUUUAAAUAUUAGUUUAAUUGAUAUAUUUAGUACAAGUGUAACAACAUUUUUAAAACGUACAACAAAUAAUCUUUUACGUAAAGAUGAUUAUCAAGCAUUUGUUGAUUCACUUAAAUAUGAAAUAUUUGAUAAUGAAUUUAAACAAUAUCUAACAUUUGAUAAAAAUCGAAAAAAUUGGUCAAGAGCUGAUAUGGCUACUGAAAGAUAUGAAAGACGUAAUUGGAUGAGUGAAUUUGAUAUGUAUAAUAAUAUAGAUGAUGAAGACGAUAAUGAUGAUGAAACUAAUUUAACAAUUAUGAAUGAAAAAUCUUUAACUGUAAGAAAUACAGAAGAUAAACCGAGUUCAUGGCAUAUAUUAUCUGAUUAUAAUCCUGAUCGACAUCGAGGGAGAAAAAUUGCACAAAAUGUUGAUCCAAAUAUUCGAUUAUAA